AUGGCGAUGAAUGUGGGUUCAGGGAAGGUAUUGACCAACUACGCUGGCCCGGGUCUGCUUCUGAACACAAACAAAUACAGGUACACUUGGAUGCUGUUUGCCUCACCCACAAACCUCUCUGCCGCUGGGACUCCCCCAGGACAUUGGUAUGUGAACAAAUACGUGGCCAGCAGUGGGCUUGGUGACUUGGUUGCUGCCAGCUUCUUCACUGUUAAAAAUGGCCAUGGUAUCUUCCCCCACAAUGCUACUGUUUUCCACAGCAAUCCAACGGCCAACACAACCGAUUCCUCUGGCCAAUUGGGUGCCAUGCCUACCGGUGCCUCUACCUCUACUCAGGCUGCUGCCAAGAGCAACACCAAUGGUCCUCUCUGGAAUGACUGCGCUGCAAUCAUAAAGAAUGUUGUCAUGGGCCUUGGCUUCGCCGUCUCUGGUUACAUCCUUGUACAAUAG